UAAAAGUGUGCCGCGCCAAAUGCAACGGCUUCAUUCGUUUGCGCAAAGUCGCUCCGGUGCGUAGUGCCAGUUUAGUAGUUUGAGGUAGCAGUAGCUAUAUGCGUCAAAAGUGUUGAGUUUAAGUGCACCGAUACCGACAGUUAGGUCGCAGUAACAGCAAGUGACAACGACCGCGCUCUAAGUUCCAACCCGCAAGGACGUUCCAGCAGCUCUCGCUCCAGACGCCCCGUUUUGUUUGCUUUUGGAGCGCAGCAAACCGUCCGUACUCGAUUGUUCCCUUGCCCGAGUACGUCCUUCACGAUGGCCGUUCGGUGUUUGCUAGUAUGGAGUCUGCUGGUGAUCGCCACCACAUCCGCUGCGGGAGUCUACGAAAGACCCUCAUACAUUCUGCCCUGCCGACGAAACGAUCCUGAGAUCAACAAAUGCAUCCGAAACUCGUUGAACUUCGUCAAACCGUACGUGUCGCGAGGUCUGCCAGAGCUCAAGACACCGCCACUCGAACCCCUGCGUAUCGAGGAACUGGCAAUGGAAAACAAUGCCGGUGCCGUACGGAUAAAGGCACUGUUCACGGACAUCGUGGCACAAGGUGCCGGUAACUACACCAUCAAGGAAGUGCGCAGCGAUCUGAAAAAGCUACGCAUUGACAUGAGCAUUGCAAUUCCACGGGUAGAAUCACGCGGCAAGUACGAGGUGAUCGGCAAUGUACUGCUGCUUCCAGUGCGAUCGAACGGCGAGUUCUGGACGGAGUUCUCUGACAUCAGCGCCAUUGCGAAGAUCUAUGGUAAACCUGUCGAACGCGAUGGAGAAUCGUUUAUGGGCAUCGAUAAGAUCAAUGUGGACUUUACGAUGAAGAAUGCCCGCUUCAAGGUUAAGGAUCACGUUAACACGCAGAACGUGCUGGGUGAAGCAAUCAAUCAGUUCCUCAACCAGAACGCGAACGAACUGAUCCAGGAGAUGAGACCGGCGGCCUCCCAGAGCAUCGGCAAGCUGUUCCGGAAGUUCUUGAACGAUGCCUUCACCAACCUGCCGACGCGGUUGUGGCUGCUGGACGACUAAAACCCCGAACAACGUAGUUCUCCCAUCGUAGCAUUAGCAUUCGUCUUUAAAGCAUAGGUGAUAUACACAGUGUAGUUUUAAGGAUCGCGUAGCUCUGUGCCUAAAGCCAAUACAAAGCGAUUAUCUGUAUCGUGUACUUUUCCCAAAAGUACCCCAUGUACAAGGGCGCCAUCCCUCGAGAAUGUUUUAGUUCGUACGGCACUAAACGCUUAGCAAAAACGAGAAACGACAAAAUUUUAACAACACACCAAUAUUUGCAUGAGAUCAAAUCUCAUCGUAAUGUUCCCAUUUUCCAUACAAUUCGAUCUUUACUUGAUCCCACUAAAUACCCAUAUCGAGGUUGUGCCUGUGGUUUAGUGUCUAAGCGCUAGAUGAAAGUGUACAAAAUGUCCCCCAGCAAAUGGAGAAGUAACAAACAAAAAAAAAGGCAAUCAACCAACCCCGGGUUUCGGUCAAACGAACCCAUGCACACUUUUGUUUUAGGACUGCACACACACACACGAAACAAAGAGAUACAUUAACAUGAACAGAAAAGGAGAACGCGCGAUCAUUUUUCGUAGAUUUAAGGUGUAAAUAUUUCGUCGUGAUGAUGCAAAGCGUGGCUGCAAAAGCGAUUUUCAAAACACAAACCACAAUUUAAUAAAUCGAAAUCGAAACGAA